GCUCGAUUGCCUGGGAUUUUAUCGGCGUUAUUUACACCCGGCUGAAAAAGUUGGGUUUCAAAGUCUUGGGUUUUGACCACAUCUCAACGCUACAUUUUUAUUUAAUUAAAUUCGUCACCCGUUAACAUAUCCCAUGACCGAGUCUACACCAAGGGCAGAGGGGUCACUCUCACGGCCCUGUAUGAAAUGUCGUGUUCAGGAGGCGACCCUUGACAGCAGGUCCCAGCCUGUAUGCAGAGACUGCUUCGCCAAGUUCAUCGCCGCCAAAUGCAUCAAGCAGACCGGCAUCCUAGGCAAAGAGACCCGCCUCCCUCUCCCCAAAACCGGCGGCCCGCCCACCGGCACCCGCCACUACAUGGUCGGCCUCUCCCUGGGCAUCUCCUCCACCGUCCUCCUCCACCUCCUCAGCGAGAACAUCGAGUUCCAGCUCGCCCGCGGCCGCAACGCCCCCUUCGACCUCACCGUCGUGCACAUCGACACCACCACCACCACCACAACCCCCCUUUCCAACCCAGAGACCACCCCCCCCGCCGAAACCGCCCUCGCCCGCUUCCGCACGCGCUACCCCCGCUUCACGUUCCACCGCAUCCCCUUAACCACCCCCGAACAAACAGAAGCAGCACAACCGCUCCCCACAGCCGCCUCCCGCAGCGACGUGGCCCGCCUGCUGACGCGGAGAGCGCUGCUCGCACAGGCGCGCGCCCGCGGCUGCCAGGCGCUGCUGCUGGGCCACAGCACGACGGCGCUGGCGGAGCUGACGCUGGCGGAGGCGGCUAAGGGGAGGGGGUUUGCGCUGCCUUGGCUGGUGCAGGAUGGGUUGGCGCCUGCGGUGGGGUCUGGGUUGGGG